ACCGUGUGUACGUAUCGCGUCGAGCAAGCGGAGCGCGAAUGCGUCGGUUUCCUUUGCUUUGUGUAAUAAUUGGUCUGAUCUGAUGAACUGACAUCGCCAAGAAAACAUAUGUAAAAAGUCAAGAACAGUUCAAAUUUAGAAGUGAUUGCUGUGAAACUUAUGAGUAUGGAAAUACUGUUAGCGGUCAAAUCCACCAUUGGUUUGGGGUUAUUUGAAUUUACAGUCUUUCUUCUGGUAGAUUCGUUUGUAAAAUCAUGUUUGCAAUCAAUAAAAAUAUUUGUGUCAUAAAGAUUGAGGCCCACAAUAACACAACAUGGCUUGCACAUGCUCACAAGAGGGAUGUCAGCAGAGAACGAGCGAAGUUGUCAAAGGUGUUCAUGCUAAGUUGCGAAAGAAAUUAAAAGAAGCUGAUGGCGAUUUUCAAAAGAUUUGGGCUGAGCAUUGUCACGAUGAAGCCAGCCUUGGUGAGUACGCCUACGCCAUGCAGCACCUUGCUGUGGACCAUUGGUCAACCAAGCACCAAGACGACCGCAUCAAAUGGUGCUAUCGUACAUGUAUGAACUACUUCAAAUACGGAGGAAUGGAGAAAGCACUUGCCAAAGACCGACGGCGUCAAGAACACGAGUUGUGCAAUGGUAUCGAACCAAAGAACGUUUUUGAUGUUGAGCAAUCGAAUAAGUAUAACACAAUAUGUUCACCAGUGUCAGGGCAGUUGAGAUUGUUAGAUGUUGGCAGCUGUUUUAAUCCGUUUCUAGAUUACAAAGAAUUCUUAUCAGUUGGUAUUGACCUUUCACCUGCUGUGGAGACGGUGUACAGAUGUGAUUUUUUGAAUCUCCAAAUUCAAGAACCUCUUCAGGUGGCUUCAGAUACUGUUGAGACAUACAUGAGAACAUUGAAAAAUCCUGUUGAGAGGCUACCAAAAGAGAGCUUUCACAUUGUUGUUUUUUCGCUGUUGCUCUCGUAUUUCCCUUCCCCGUAUCAGCGCUGGAUAUGUUGUCAGAAAGCUCAUGAACUGCUGCAGUUAAACGGACUCUUACUGAUUGUAACACCCGAUUCUUCCCAUCAGAACAAACACGCAGAAAUGGUCAAAAGCUGGAAAGAGGGAAUCGAGGCAAUUGGGUUCACACGCUGUAAGUACGAGAAAGAUACGCAUUUACAUUACAUGGCAUUCCGCAAAGUUAAACUCAAACAGCCUCGCUAUACAUUGGACGUUGGUCCAGAUAAUUUAUACAUCCCACAAGAUUUCAGUGAAGAUGAUGAUGAAAGUGUUUUUUGCGACAGUUUUGCACGAUCGAAAAUCUCUGACCAAGAUCUCAGCGAGACAUUCACUGAACUUCCUGGGGGAGAUGAGGAAGAGUGGUUUUUAAUAUGAAGAAAUUUAAAAAGGUUUUCGCCUGCAAACCAAAAAAAAAAAAAAAAUCAACAGCUAAAUCGCAUGGGUGACUGCUAAUGACAGUUGCAAGGUGAUAUUGAACAACAGCUAAAUAAUCAUGUGAUCUUAGAAGUCAGAAUCAUACGAUCAACUGUAAAUUAUGCUGCUGCUGCGAAUUGCAAUGUGGCCAAUCACUGCCCUUGUGUCCCAAAAGUCAAGACCGAGAGGAUUAACCAAUCAGUGUAUGGCAAACAUUCAUAGAGACGUCUCAAAGUUAAAGAACAUCAUGCUUGUCAAAUAACUGUGGCGGUUGUUAUUUGUGGUCACCUGUGGAUGAGCCCCGAUGACAGGUGCAUCAGCUCAUUUAUGCAAAUACAAUUUAUAGUCUACAUAUUUUCAUUAGCUUGUACUGUAAUAUAAUGCUUUUGGAAACAUCAUACCAUUAUAAUAGAUAUAUUCUUUGAUAUGAUAAAAAAAAAAAUGGGAAAUGUUGAUAUUAGACAUUGUCUAAAGAGAUGCUUGAAUUUUUAAAAUCAUUUAUACAAUGAUAAACAUACUCAUAAAUGGAAUAAUAAAAAGUGGUCAAAUAUCUCAGAGCAAUCCUUUGAGGUGUGCAUGGUUAUAUUCUAAAUAAAAUCCAUAUAGAAUUUAUACCAAGCAUGCAAAAGCAUAUAUAAGUAGUAUACUUGUUUGAUAAUAAAUGUAUUAAAUAAUAAUAUGCUUUUAUUAAAUUGAUAACCUGUUUUGGUAGCUACCAAGUUCAGUACAAAAAUGUUAAUGAUUUUUUUUAAUGUCAGUGCUCUUGUUUGAUAAUAAAUGAAAUUAAAUAAUAUACCAUACUUUUAUUUUAUUGAUAACUUGUUUUGUUACUACCAAGUUCAGUACAAUAAUGUAAAUUUGUUUUUUACAUCAAUGAACCGUUAAUAAUAACACAAUUUUUGUUAAUCACUUUCUGGAUAAAUUUUUAGUUUUAGUUAUUUUUUUUGACGGAAUCACUGACAGUAGGCAGAAGGAUUUCAUGUAGACUGCAACUCGCUGAAGCACAAGUGGUAGAUAUUAGCAGAUUUGAAUUGCUUUGCUUUUGGCAACUGUCGGCGAACGCCACUAGGGCUUGUCCUUACAUCUGCCACACGCAAGUGACUUCAGCUGCAACCGCUUUCACAGUAUUGCAGCAAUACUUUUUUGGGGUGGUUUGUAGCUCGAAGUCGCUGAAAUUUUAAUUAUUUUCAAAUCAUGUUUGUGGCACUUUUUUUUUUAAGUGGUUGCUAUUUAUUUAGAUUAGAUAUUUACUCAGUUGAUCUGAGCAUUAGGGUGUAGAUAUUGAUGCAAAUCAGUUGUUUAUCGGGUUCCAAGUUAGAAAUUACAAUAUGUCCAAUUUCUUUCUUGCUGAACCAAGUCAGAAGCAACACACUCUUACCUGAAUGCUUUGAUCUUUUUCAACUGGACUAAAGGAAACCCACACGUCAGAUAAUGUUCACUGUAAAUGACUGUUUUCUUCUCACCUGAUUUCAAGAUAAAACUUUUCAUUACCAAGUUCAUUUCAAUUACCAAGUAAUUGAGUCUAUCAUUUUUUAAAUUUGUUUAAAUUCACUUGUUGUGCAUUUAAUUUUAAAGUGUCAUGAUGAUUUACUCCUGUAAAAAUAUCUGAUUAUUAAACUGAAAAAUAUAAAAUGGCUAAAUGUAGCAAGAUUUGUUUAAUUUUACUUGUUUGAUUUCAUUGGUGAAAAUAUAAGUACAGUAUUGGUAAAGCGUCAUUGUGCUGAAAAUACCUUUAACCAAUAUUCGAUUAGCAACUGAAAUAUUAUACCAAUUAAGUGAGUAGCAUUUUUUCUAAUUUGUUUAAUUUCACAUGUAUUUAAAUUUCAUUGGUAAACAUUUUAUACGAUUAGUGCCAAUGGCGAUCUACUAGAAUAAGCAUAAUUUUCCUAUAUCUUAGCAACUGAAAAAAUAUACCAGUUAAGUAAAUUAAAGCUGUGUUUGCAUUGGAUUAAUUUUGAGCAAGACGAAUGAUAUAUCUAUGGAUUUUAUUCAAAUCAUGCCACUGUCCGCACUUUAAAAAUAUCCAGUAGAUUUUAAGGUAGUAAAAUAUUGCGCAUGCCAUGGGGAAACGGUGACAUGUUCCCUCCCCUUCCUCCCCCCAAACAUUUUUAAGUGGGUUGGCUUACCCCACUUUUCGACUGCAAUGUAAUUUCUUAUGUCAAGAAGAUGCUUGCAUAAAAGAGCAUUUUACAGAGUACCUGAUGAUGAAUUUUACUAUAUGAAAAUGUAAUUUCCAGCCAUCUGUACUAUUUUCUCAAAUUUUCGGACUCACAACUGUCUCCCCCCACCCACCUUUUAAAACAGAUGCCCUUGGCGCAUGCAGUACUUAUUCUUCCUGGCCAACGUUCACUCGGUUAAAGUUGCUGCGUGUCUUGGAUAAUUGGAUUGUUGGUUGUUCAAAAUGGAUUUUUUUUACCCAAAGUGGCCAGGUACAUGGAUAGUGUAUAUGAACACAGCUUAAAGCUCUGUCAAGAUUAUUGAUUUGUUUUUGACAAAAAACUGUUGUUUACUUGUAUGCCCAUAUAUGGUCAUAAUGUGAUGUCAUCUUUACCAAAUUUGGACAUGUCACAUGUUUUGUAAAAUAGAAUUUGAUAAUCUUGAUAGGGCUUAACAUUUGCUUAAUUGGCAUAAAGUCUAAAGACUUACUUUGUGCCUUGUCUUUGUAUCUUGAUUAUAUCCUGCUUGAAUAAAAGUUUUUUUUUAUAAUGAGCAACAAUA